GAAAACGCAUUCCGAUUGGGCCAGCGCCGCAUCCGCCUCGGUAGCCAGGCAACGGUUUCCAUGGCGAGCCGAAUCCACACACUGCAGAUGCUGAUGGAGACCAAGAGGAGGCCUUCCUACGUCCAUUGAGGGGCCAACACUAAGCAGCUCAGUGUUCCCAAGAAGAGGAAGAACAAUGGCAUUUGCACCUCCGAAAAACCUGGAGGGCCCAAAGAUGCAAACCAAGAUGAGCAUGUGGACACCACUAAAUCACCAGCUCAUGAAUGAUAAAGUAUUUGAAGAGAGAAGAAACUUGUUAGGAAAAUGGUUUGACAAGUGGACGGACGUUCAGAGGCGGAGGAUUUUAGGUGAUUUCCUAGAGCGCUGCUCCCUCCCGCAGCUCAAAUUCUGCUUCAAGCACCUGCAGGAGCGGAUGCCGGUCGAAGCGCUGGAUUUUACCACCAAGCUUCCCAGGGCGUUGUCCAUCUAUAUCUUUUCCUUCUUGGACCCCUGGAGUCUCUCCCGAUGCGCCCAGGUAAGCUGGCACUGGAAAUUCUUGACGGAGCUGGAUCAGAUCUGGAUACCAAAAUGCCUGCGUUUUGGGUGGUACAUCAAUUUCUCCCCAUCUCCUUUUGAGCAGGGGAUCUGGAAGAGAAACUACAUUGAGAAUGUUGAAGCGCUCCAGGUCGUCCGGCAUAAGGUCCCACCCAAAGAGGAUUUUGUCGUGCCGGAUGUUCAGCCUUUGGUGAAAGAGACCCCAGAGGCCAAGCCCUCCCUGUUAUCGGUUCUCCAGGCUGCGUCUCUCUUAGGAAAGAAGGCCAGAAAGGAGAGGAAAGAGCUCCCUCCGUGGCGCUCCUCCGAUAAGCAUCCGACAGACACCGUCAGGUUCAAUUACUUGGACAACUUUGAUCCCAUUGAGCAAGCGAGACAAGCCAGAAAGAAAGGAGGGGGUCUGACCCCAGACCUCAGCCUGGCAGCCUUUCAGAAGAAAAGGAGACCAAACAGUGGAACGUACAAACUCCGGAAAGCCAAGUCCUUGAUGUCCCUCUCCGUAGAUCUCGGAUCGCAGCCAAAAGUUCCCUCCCGCCCCACCUGGGCCACCUUUGAGCCAAGUGGCUACCCAUUGGUCAAAGCAACGGCCAAGGCCCUUGCCCAGAGUGCCCAGUGGAAUGCUGGGAUACGGCCAGGGCCUGCUUGGGGGCCAGUCCCGAAGCUGAGCGAGAGAGGAAAGAAGGCCUUUGUCCGGACCAGCCGAAGCUCACCAAGUUACCUCUCCUCUCUUCGAGAGCCAGCCCUGGGAGAUCCCGCUGUCCGGAUGAGGGUCCGAUGUGGAACGAGACAACAGAUAAAGUCUUCCUUCAUCUUCUCAGCAUCACUGUUGAAAGAACUCCCAAAAGAAAAGGACCAUUUGCUGCUUGAAAGGCAGGUUCUCUGAUGAAUUGGUGACGGAGGCCUCUCAUUCAUAGGACUGCCGUAAGUCAAAUUAA